AGAGCCAAAACUCUGAUUAUGUGGAGUUCUUCUGUCUUUUUAUCUUCGCGUGAGAACAACGGGACCUCUGGAGGAAACCUGAGUUCCAGCAGAGGAUUUAAUGUGACUGUGUGAAGGUUUUGUUUGGUUAAAACCUGAGACAGAUGAUGAUUGACGGCAGACUGGACGCCGGAGCCGAACCCGCUGAAGUUCUGCUGGACCGGAGCAGGCUCCGGCUGGGGUUUGUGACGCACCCCGGGGGUGCGGUUCGUAUCUCGGACUCUCGUGAGAGCGUUCUGACCGAGCUGGACACCGACGGUUCCGGUGAAGAGACGCUGCUGUUACCGUGUUUAACCGGAAGCUCCAAGAACCGGCGGACCGGACACAGUUCCUCCUCCGACAAAGACACUUUGGCCUCCCCAGGUGCCAACAGUGGGGACUUCUAUCAUUUCAUUGAAGAUCCAGAGUUUGCAGAUAUUAUCCAGAAGGCGGAACAGGCGAUCGAGAACGGCGUCUUUCCAGAGAGGAUUUCCCAGGGUUCCAGUGGGAGCUACUUUAUCAAAGACCCAAAAGGGAAAAUCAUUGGUGUUUUCAAACCAAAGUCAGAGGAACCGUAUGGUCACCUAAACCCCAAAUGGACCAAAUAUUUUCACAAGUUGUGCUGUCCGUGCUGCUUUGGCAGAGGCUGCUUGGUACCAAACCAGGGUUACCUCUCAGAAGCAGCCGCAUCGCUGGUCGACACCAAGCUUUGUCUUGGAGUGGUGCCGAAAACAAAGGUGGUUUAUUUGGCCAGUGAGACGUUCCACUACAGUGCCAUUGACAGAGCCAAAUCCAGGGGCAAGAAGUAUGCCUUAGAGAAAGUUCCCAGAGUGGGGAGGCGCUUCCACAGAGUGGGCCUGCCACCCAAGGUGGGGUCCUUCCAGCUGUUUGUGGAGGGUUACCGUGAAGCGGAUUAUUGGCUCAGACGCUACGAGGCGGAGCCUCUGCCUGAGAACAUCAGGAAGCAGCUUCAGUCGCAGUUUGAGCGGCUGGUGGUUCUGGACUAUGUUAUCAGAAACACAGAUCGAGGGAAUGACAACUGGUUGAUCAAAUAUGAGAAGCCGGGAGAAGGAGAGGAACAAAAGGAUGCCGAGUGGACGGAAAACAACUCAGACUUCAGCAUCAAGAUUGCAGCGAUAGACAACGGUCUCGCCUUCCCAUUUAAACACCCCGAUGAAUGGAGAGCUUACCCAUUCCACUGGGCGUGGCUACCACAGGCUAAGGUGCCCUUCUCUCAGGAGACCAGAGACCUGGUGCUGCCUCGCAUCUCUGACAUGAACUUUGUCCAAGACCUCUGUGAGGACCUCUACGAGAUGUUCAAGGCUGAUAAAGGUUUUGACAAAACCAUUUUUGAGAAGCAGAUGUCUGUUAUGAGGGGACAGGUGCUGAACCUGACCCAGGCGCUGAAAGAUGGGAAGAGCCCAAUCCAGCUGGUGCAGAUGCCCCGGGUGGUGGUGGAGCGCAGCCGCUCAGGCGGGCAGGGACGCGUGGUCACGCUGGGCAAUGCCUUCACUCAAACCUUCCACUGCAAGCGGCCGUUUUUCUCCUCGUGGUAGUCCGAUGUGACUGAGGAGGAACCUCCAGCUCCUUUUUUUUCCCCCAUCAGGGUGUCAGGAAGAGAGGAAGAUGUCGGGAAUGCCACACUGGAAACUUUCCAUGUGUCACUCUGAAAGGGAAGACCUGGAGAAGGAAUCAUGGAAGAGCAUCUGAGAAACAGGUUUUGAAGGAACUGGGCUUAGAGGGACUAACUGAGACUCGGCGUACGUGUCUUGCAGGUUUUUUGCUGUUGCCAUGGUAACCUGACUGGGUAAUGUGCCUGCUUUUCUACAGAGAUGCUUUUGUUUAUUGUUAGGGCACAGAAGUGAGACCCACCUGGUCUACCUGCUGACACGGUUGGAACUCCAGACCUGCGGUCAGCCUGUCAUUCUGAAGGACGGGGUUUUGUUUUUCUCCCGUUGUGGAAUCGUGUUGAGCACUUGUGCUGCUGGAAAGAUUUGAUGAGUUCACUGCAACUCGGUUAAAGUCAGCUUUCAUGCAGUGUUAGAUUUCUAAAACUCUUCUAUCAAACAAACUUUCACUACUUCCAAAAUCAACUUGUUGAAGGACUUUCAGAAAGCCUCAACAGUAAGUUCAGUCGAAACUCGAACUGAUCAUUUGUGGAAGAAAAAAGAAGAAUCGAGUCAUGUAUGAAUGUAGUCUGUUUACAGAUUCAGGCUCCUGAACAUUUCAGUGCCAGUGGAUUCUGUCAAAGGAGAAUUUUUUUUUUUUUUUUUCCGAUGAUGAAUGUAAUUGUUUAGAAGCUGCUUGCUCGUCCACCGUGUGUCAGAAGACUGUAACUUGCUUGUUCUGCUUUACGAUGCAUCAUAGCAAGAGGAAUAGUGAACAUGGUGGAAAUACGUCCCACCUCCUCAGUGCUGUUUUGUUACGUGUGUAUCCUGAACUUUUUUAAUCAGACCUGAUUGUAUGAGAACGUCUCCGUGUAACAGGUGUGGAAAAA